AUGGACUCAAAUUCCACUGCUUCGGACAUGGUCGUGAAUCCAUUCCGACAGGAGGAUGAUCAUGAAUCCAUGAAUCAUCCAAACAAUCAUCAACAGCACCAUCCCAUCACGGAGAGAACAAUGGUUGUUGCUUCUUCUUCCUCUCGGAAUGAUCACUUGUCCAAUGCCAAUGUCCACUACGAAGACUUGUACUCUCAACUCACAUUACAAGAAAAUGAAAAAGCCUUGUAUUUGUUCUUUUAUGAAUUGUAUUUAUAUUUCGGAAGCUACUCUCAAGUUCUGAUCCGAUUGAAUUCAUCAUCAGCAUCUCCAUCAUCACAAGCCAUGAUGAUGGUCAUAGAUCAGGGAAAUAUUCCACCAUCAAGUAAUAGUAGUAGUGGCCAUGAAAAUCACAACAACUCGGAACAUGAACCUCGAUCAACAAAUUCAAGUAGUAGUCAGAGUCGUAAUAUUAUAUUAUAUAAUUGGAUUAGGAAAAUACGAAACUUUGUUAAAGGACCUGAUCGAGGAUUCAUCUCCUAUUAUUGUUAUAUAUUACUAUUUAUUCAAUGGUGUUCUUUAUUUAUGGAUAGCCAUUUGCCUUGGCAUCGUUCCAAUAAGAAGUUUUUCAUGAUGCUCUCUGUAUUGGCAAAUUUCAAAAUUUCAUUGCUGUGGGAAGAUGAAACGAAUUUUUGGUGGACUUUAUUCAUUCCCUUUCUAUUUUCAUGUUUAAUUACUCUUUUACUUGUGACAUUGACAAUUAUUUGUUUUCAUUUCAAUUGGAAAACAUUUAAAAAUUUAAGAAACACACGAAACAUUGAUCAAUAUUCUAAUAUUGAAGAUCAUCCACAAGUUCAAUUACUCAAAGAACGACGAAAAAAACCUCGUGUGAUUGCUUUUUGGUUAUUGUUCCAUCUCAUUGAAUUAAUACCUGGAUUGUUUAUACCUGUCUCACUUGGAUUUUUACAUGCUAUUCGAUCUCUUAACUUUUUUAUAAUGAUUCCAAGUUUAAUACUCAUUUGGCCAUUUCACAUUUUGGCCAUUACAUUCAUGUUCACAAUUUACGAAUGGAGAUUUGAUACUGGAAGUAUUGCCGCAAAGAGUAACACACGAUUGGAUUUAUUUUUAUUUAUUCUUCUCACUGUUUCAUGUUGGAUGCAUUCCAUGUUUCAAUCCCCCAUUACUUUGGUGAUUGUCAUGUUUUCUGAUUUCUUCAUGCUCUUAAUUAUUUUGGCAGUGAAUAUUUUGUUUGUUUCGUGGUAUAAGACAGCUAUGAAUAUUACCAUUACAACACUCAUAUUUUCAGGUUUGAUUAUACUAUCGAUCACAUCCAUGCUUGCUGUUCUGAAAGCAUUUAUACCUUCCACAGACAGUAGUUCAGGAUUUUUCAGUGAGCUCACUAUUGCUGCGAGUAUUUUCUUGUGUGUGAUAUUGGGUUAUUUUUUUACAAAAUUAAGAUUAACAUUUAAUGAAUUGGUGGUGAACGAACAGACGAGAACUGAGCUCUUUCUGAACAGCUAUCGAAACACGAUUGUUAUUCCAAGAAGAGACUUUGAGGUUGAAAUGGCAACACGGACUAUUAGUUUUAUUUCUCAUUUCGUGGAACCAAAAACUAUUGGCCAACCUCCAGCUUCAUCCUAUGAAGAGAUUAGAGACAGAUUGAGAGAAAUUCAAGAAAUUGAACGAGUGGAUGAACUUUUCCAACAAGCGAUGGAUUACCAGUUUGAUUUAUCCUAUGUAUCUCCCUUUAUUUAUCUUUCUUAUGCUCAGUUUAAAAAGCAUGCCAGGGAAGAUCCAAGAUAUCUUGAUGGAGUUCUUUCUGUUCAGCGCUAUUGUUCUUGGAAGUGGUUGGAUGUUCGAUUCAUGUUUUAUGUACGAACACGGUUUUGGUUUGAAUGUGAGCUAGUGAAGAAACUGCAAAGGAGAAUAGACAGAGCCAUCCAGAUCUGA